CAAAAGCGCGACGUAAAACGGCAGGAGACGGCAAGUUUCUUUUUUAACUCGUGCUCUUGCAGUUCGGGAGCUUUCGCCGCUGAAGAUGCCCGGUGUAUUAAGAAAUGUCUCGAAGACCUUGCUUCAGCGUACUCUUGGAGCAGCAUCUGCAAAGCGGCAUGCAUCCACUGAAAUUCGCACGGUGACACUUAUUCCUGGAGACGGAAUUGGUCCUGAAAUCUCCAGUGCAGUACAAGAUAUAUUCAAAACAGCCGGAGUGCCAAUCCAGUGGGAAACUGUGGACGUCACACCAGUGAAGGGGCCGGAUGGAAAGUUUGGCAUCCCACAGAAAGCCAUUGACUCUGUCAACAAGAACAAGAUUGGCCUCAAAGGUCCUCUGAUGACACCAAUUGGCAAAGGCCAUCGCUCUCUCAACCUCGCACUGAGACAGGCAUUUAGUCUUUAUGCUAAUGUGAGACCAUGCCGUUCACUGGAGGGCUUUGAAACACCAUACAAGGAUGUGGAUGUUGUAACGAUCCGUGAAAACACAGAGGGAGAAUACAGUGGCAUUGAACAUGAGAUUGUACCAGGAGUGGUGCAGAGUAUCAAGCUGAUCACCGAGCCUGCAUCAAGAAACAUUGCCAACUAUGCAUUCGAGUAUGCCAAAGCAAAUAACCGAAGCAUGGUUACUGCUGUGCACAAAGCUAACAUCAUGCGGAUGUCUGAUGGCCUUUUCCUACACUGUUGUCGAGAAGCUGCUGAGAAAAACCCUUCCAUCAAGUACAAUGAGAUGUACCUCGACACACUGUGCCUCAAUAUGGUUCAAGAUCCAUCCAAGUUUGAUGUUCUUGUGAUGCCUAACCUUUAUGGCGACAUCCUUAGUGAUUUGUGCGCUGGUCUUGUUGGAGGGCUUGGAGUGACACCGAGUGGGAACAUCGGCUAUGAUGGUGCUAUUUUUGAAUCGGUGCAUGGAACAGCACCGGACAUUGCUGGCCAGAACAAGGCUAACCCAACUGCACUUCUGCUCAGUGCCGUCAUGAUGCUGCGCCACAUGAAGCUCACAAACUUUGCCGAUGUCAUCGAGGCUGCCUGCUUCGACACGAUUCGAGAAGGAAAGUAUCUCACCGCCGAUCUCGGGGGCAACGCCACGUGUUCAGACUUCACAUCUGAAAUUUGUUCCAAGGUUGUUGCUGCCAAAAAGUAGCCAUUGUAGAAAGGUCUUCACCAUCACCAGCCAGGAGAAAAAGACAGUCUUUCAUAAUGACACUUUAGCUUUGUAGAAAAGAGCAUACUAGUAGAAAUGCAAUUUCUCUGUUUCUUGAUGAAAACAGCUCGAGAAAACCAUUUUUUUGUUAAGCUGAUUGAGCGAUGUCGUUCUGCAGUUUGUAGAAGCAAAUGGAACAAGUAGCUGGCUUUGUCAUUGGCUACUUCACCACGUAGUGUGUGAUUUCAGUGAACUGCCCUGUUCGACAAGUAAUUGAAAUCACUUCCCAGUGUUGUUCGUUUGUGUCUUGACUUCAGUAACGCAGCUUGGAACUUUCUGGUGUGCAUUGCUUGAAGCAUAAGCCGAUUGUCUUAAGCCAAAAGAAAGGAAUGUGCAAAAGAAACAGUCUGACUGUCAUAUUUUGCAUGCACUAAGAUAUUUAUAUCGACAUUGCACUGUUGUGGAAUGUGCCGUUGAGUUCGUCACCUAAAAGGCAACUUCUGUAACGGCCAGUUAUUGCUUGUCACAUGAGAGCAGACAUGGCAUUCUCUGUAGAUUACGUCAAUGUGGGUUUUGAAGAGUGUCACAAAUCUAUUCGUUCUGAUGAUUCGUAGUCGUAGUGCUUUAUUUUUGUUCUUCAUUAUUAAACCUUGCCAGCCGAGUGAGCAUUGCACAGCUAAAUGAAUUCACUUCAGAUGCAUGCAAAUCUCUGCAAUUUGUACAUCAAAAAGAAGGUCCAUGGUGUUUGGUUUGCCACUGCCUUAAAUCCACACCAAGACUCCGUAGACACAUGAAAACCAUGCUAGAGCAUUUUCAAAUGUAUUGCUACAUCUGAACUUGGUACACUUUCACUUUUUAAUGUAUCCUAUGCAUUUCUCUGUUAUUUGCUGGCUGCUCUGGUACCAGAAUUCGGUGGCGCAUUCUAUGUUUUUAUUGUAGUAAAACGAGGCCACAGUUACAUAAAGUUUGUCCUCUGAUAAAGGCAUAAUCUGAGACACUGUGACUUAGCAAAUGUUUUUUCUUAGAUCACAUCGUUCAGCAUUUGUUUGCAAAUUCGUGUGUGAUAAGUAUAUCAAGUGAAUGUACACUUGUUGGAAUUGUGAAAGAAUGCUCGAAGUAUUUACGAAGUGAGAUAUCUUCUGGUCUUGUGCAGUAGUCAAUGUACGAAAUGCAAUGAUCAGUUUUCAGUGGUUGUUUGUUUAUACUUUAUUGCUAAGUGCUCUUGAAAAGCCAAUUGUUAUAUUGUUGCCUUGGGCAUUCCAAAAGGCUAAGCAUGUCUUGUUUGCCCGGUUUUUUAUAGUAUAUUUCUCUUACAAAGACAGUAAAAAAGGCUUUGCCUCAUUGAUGGUUCCGGAUUUUCGGACAUGUGGUCAGAGCGAUUCCAGAAUCCCGUAUUUUUUGUUCCUCUGAGCUGGUAUGAGGUUUCGGCCUGUCAAAUUAUGUUAGUCAAACUUAUCAACACUUUGGCAUUUAAUGGGUGAAUUUACAACAUUGCCAUUAUAUUGUAUGAUGAGGUUACAGUAAGAGUUGAACAUUAAUCUGGGCAUGUAUGUAAUAUUCAAUGCUU